AUGAGCGAUAAUCACCCGCAACUACAUGGUGAUGCAUCGUUUCUGCCACUUCAGUCUGGUGGAUCAUCAACACACAGUCUUGCUGGUAGUUCGAAACUACCAGCUGCUGGUGCCAAUGGCGAAAUCCAGCACGUGAUAUAUCUGGCCGAAAAUAUUGGUGUUUUGUGUAAUUCAGCAGACUGCAGUGAUGUUACAUUAAAGGUCGAAGGUGUUGCUUUUCCUGCCCACCGUGUUAUUCUGGCGGCUCGUAGCGAAUAUUUUCGAGCAUUACUAUUCAACGGAAUGCGGGAAUCGCGAAACAGUGAAAUUGAAUUGGUCGAUACUCCUGUAAACGGUUUCAAGAUGUUACUGAAGUACAUUUACACUGGGAAACUCUCUCUGAGUUCCCUGAAAGAAGAUUUAGUGCUUGACAUGCUCGGACUUGCACACAAGUAUGGCUUCAGCGAACUUGAGUUGAGUAUUUCGGAAUAUCUAAAGGCAAUAUUAAAUAUUCGUAAUAUGUGUACCAUAUAUGAAGCGGCCAAUCUCUAUUCACUGCGUUCGCUGUCAGAUGUUUGUUUGAACUUCGCUGAUAAACACGCAUCCGAAGUUCUGGCGACACAAGGCUUUCUACAACUAUCCGCAAGUGCAGUUGAGCUGAUGAUACAACGAGAUUCGUUGUGUGCUCCUGAAAUCGAGAUAUUCAAAGCCAUACGCGAGUGGGUUCGUCAACAUCCUGAACAGUCAAGUAGAACUGUUUACAGUGUAAUCAGCGAUGUGUUGUUGUUUCAGUUCGGUCGCCCAUUCAUAAUUAAUCACAUAAGAUUGUUGCUAUGGGAUCGUGAUCAACGUUCCUAUCAUUACUAUGUCGAGGUUAGCCCUGUGAGUAUGGACAAGGAGGAUUGGGUCAGGUUCUAUUGCACGAAUGCAAUAUUCUUUGCACAUAAAGCAGUGAUUAAUUUCAGAUUCGUACGUAUCGUUGGUACGCAUAACUCGGUGAACAGCUCGUUCCAUUUGGUCAAUAUGGAAGCGAUGUAUAGUACGGAGCCGUUUAAUGUGGAUCCAACAACAACCCUACUGGUUCCAACAGCCAAUGUGGCAACAAUAUCGAACAACGCAACUGUCAUCGAAGGCGUAUCGAGGAGUCGAAAUGCUUUGCUGAAUGGUGAAACGAGUAAUUAUGAUUGGGACAAUGGUUACACAUGUCAUCAGUUAGGAUCUGGAGCGAUUGUGGUGCAGUUACCGCAGCCAUAUCUUAUUGAUUCAAUGAGAUUGCUACUGUGGGACUGUGACGAUCGACACUAUUCGUAUUAUGUGGAAGUGUCCUGUGAUCAAGUGUCGUGGACACGAGUGGCUGAUCGAACACAGAAUCAGUGCAAGGCAUGGCAGAUUUUACGAUUCGAACGUCUUCCAGUGGUGUUUAUUCGCAUUGUUGGAACGCAUAAUUCAGCGAAUGAAGUGUUUCACUGUGUACACUUUGAAUGCCCAGCUCAACGUGCAUCGCAUUCACCGUUCGACAUAGUGUCCACAUCAUCGUCGUCGUCUACAAAUGCGCCAUCGACCAGUUCAGUGGCUCCAUCUCAAGCGAUGCUCGCAAACAUCCAAGAAAACAACGACGAUCGAGCAAACGAUUUAGCGAAUGCAGAGGUGAAUGAGAUGGAUGCUGGAGAUAAUCAGAAUGUUGGCGACAACCGAAAUAAUAGCAAUUGA